AAAACAAAUAAAAGUAGUUGUUUGGAUACUUAAAUCACCAUGGCCAGCACAGGAAAAUUCGAGAUUAAGGCUAUAAUUGUGCUAGUCUUAGCUUUCUUUUCUUGUCUGGCCAAUGGUGCAUUCAGCCACACCGCUGUGGGUCUCCGUAAUCGUCGUGCCCUUAGAGAAACGAGUGACGCCGCAGUUACAGUUUUUGACGUCACAGAACAUGGUGCUAAGGCAGACGAUAAAAUGAACAAUGCAAUGCCAUUUAUACAAACGUGGAAGGCAGCUUGCGAAUCCACUGCUCCUGCAAAAGUUGUUAUUCCAGCUGGAACAUUUUUGACAGGCCCUGCUGUAUUUCAAGGGCCAUGCGCAGGGCCUGUGAUUUUUGAGGUGCAAGGGUAGGCUAGCACUGAUCUUAGCGAAUAUACUUCAACAGAAUGGAUGUCCUUUGAAUAUAUCGACGGUUUAACUCUGACUGGUAAAGGAACUUUCGACGGCCAAGGACCUGUCGUUUGGCAAUACAACGACUGCAAAACCAACGAGGAUUGCCAGAAGCUUCCCGCUUCGCUUAAGUUCCAUAAAGUGAACAAUUCAGAAGUUUCUGAGAUCACCUCCCUCAAUAGCAUGUUCUUCCACUACCAUAUUGUAAAAUGUCAGAAUAUUUCCUUCCACCAUCUCACCAUAACUGCUCCAGACGCGAGUCCGAACACUGAUGGCAUGCAUAUAAGCAGUUCUAGUUUUAUCAGUGUCACUAACAGUAUGAUUGGAACUGGUGAUGAUUGCGUUUCAAUCAGAGACAGAACCACAAAUCUUAUAGUUUCCCAAGUUACUUGUGGCCCGGGACAUGGCAUCAGUGUUGGAAGCCUUGGCAAAUAUCCUAAAGAGGAGGAUGUGAGCGGGAUUGUUGUGAGUAAUUGUACAUUUUCAAACACUACAAAUGGUGCCAGAAUCAAAACAUAUUCCGAAUCAGAUCCCAGCAACGCUUAUGGCAUCGUUUACCAAGAUAUUAUCAUGAACCAUGUAAAGAACCCGAUUAUCAUAGAUCAGAAAUAUGGUAUCACAGAUAAGGAGGCGCAACCAUCUAAUUCUAAGGUGAAGGUUAGUGAUGGUCAUUUCAGAAACAUUAAGGGUACAUCAGUUUCAGCUGUAGCAGUAGAUUUACAAUGCAGCUCGGCAUUUCCUUGUGAAGGAGUAGAACUUUUUGAUAUAGAUUUGACCUAUAUAGGCGAUACACCUUCAACUGAAUCUGCUUCAUGUUCCAAUGCCAAAGUGACCUGUGACGGUAAACAAAAUCUAGCAAUUACUUGCACUUAAUGUGUAUAUAUAUUUGGAUUGUUUUUACUUACUCUUUACUUUCCAAUUUUGAGCUUACAAAAUUCAUUUUAUGUGUAAGCAACAACCUGAGACCUUAUUUUACGCCAUUGCGUGACCUGCUUCAUUGUAAGGUUGUUGCAGGCUGCUAAUUGCAGUGUAAUUUUUUUGUAUGAUCGUGUAAGCUGGAAAGGAUAUCUUAUGGUAGUAUGAUUAUUGUCAUAUUGAAAUAACUUAACGGAGACUAAUGAGAUAAAAUAAUAUUAUGAGCUA